AGUCAAACUUUAACCAUCUAUCAAAAAUGUCCCCCAGCAGCAGCUGUCACUGAAAGGCGGCAUCAGGCACAGAGGGAUGGAGCGCAGGAAUUAACCGGACAAAGGAGGAAAGCUGACGGACAGUGUGACGUUCAGGAGCCUCGGCGAGGAUUACCACGGUCUCCAACGGUGGGGUGUUUUUUCCCCUCUAAAAAUAGGCGACUUUGCGUCUGCACGCCCCCACCUAGAGAUGUUAACCGAGAUGUUAGCUUGUUGAAAAAAAUGCUUCAGUCAUUGCCACAAGAUUGUUAAUGUUCCUCAAAUCUGCAUCUCCCCUCCUAAAAAUGUUUGCGGAGCUCCUCGGUGGAUUAUCUGAACCGGUUGUCAGCUGUGUGAUUUAUAAUUGAUCACGGAGGACGGAGCUGGACACCGCCCGGACCAGCUUCAAGGCUACCGGACCGGGAUUGUAUGUCUUUUUGCCUGGUUUGUGAAAAGAAAAAGGCAGUCAGCUUCCAGCUCUGCGUGCUGGCGGAUGGAAACUGCGCGCAUUGCUGGAAUAUUUUGGGAUUGAGAUAGUUCAAUUUGUUAAAUAGGGCCCUACCUGGAGGGAUAGCUGCAUGUUUUGGAGAACACACCACCCGUCCAUACACUCAGACGGAUGCUUGGAUAAGUGAAAAGGUUACUUGCACUCAAGGACACCCUCAGUGUUAGUCGGUGUAGUUCUCUUAAAGUCUUUGGGUUUUGAAGCACAAACUGGAGCUGCGCACGGAUUUUAAGUGGGAUUGAAGGUAUUUAGCCCCCCGACAUCACUUUUCUGUGCUGCGUCUCGCUUUGGAUAUCCCUCUGAGGACUGUGCUCCAAUGAAACAGAGAAUGUACACAGAUGGCACGAGCUCUGACGCCCCUGUUACUUUGAAUGCGUUAUUGGAAUAACGGUAAUUGGGAUUUGGGAGGCGAAUGGGAGGCUAAUAGGAGUUAUUCAGCAGCCAUAUGACCCCCUCCAUCCACCCACCCUUGUCGUUUGAGGAUCUAUGUGUACGUGAGUGCGUCUCGUAGUUUUGCACGGUGAGACCACCGGCACCUGGAUUCCCGGUUCGCCCCCUUUUCUUCUCUUCUGCCUGACUGCGCGCACGUCUGUUCCGGUAAUUUCGCUCCUGCUGCUGCCGCUGCUUCUGCUGCUGUCCGGUCCCACACACAUACACACACACUCCCGUUUAUUCAGCCCCAGAAAACUACCAAGAGAGCCUCUCUCUCUCCGCGUGUGGAUGGGAAAGGAGUCGCGCAGGAGAGGAGAGCAGGAGUUGGGAUAAGCAGCCGAGCCUGAUCGCCUUUUUAAAAAAAGCCGUGCGGGGCUCCUCGUUGUGAUUUAACUCAUCCAUUAGUGGACGGAUCGGGAGAGCAAGAAGAAGGGGUUCCGGAGAAAAGAGACUAUAGAGGAAAGAAGGUGGAGAUCGAUGAAGGUAUCUGGAAGGAUUGAGCUGGCAACCAGAUGACAUAAAGGUAGGAGGGUGCCCUUGUUAGCUUGUCAUCCCGUUGUAACCCUGAGGCCAGUGAUGUGACUGGAAUGUGAAUUCACCAUAAAAGGACCGACUCUACCUGAGGACUUCCUGCUUCCCCAAGAAACUCAGGGAAUCUUGGCAGACUUUGACGGACAGCUGGCUGAGCAAAUGACAAACUUUGAGAGCUUUUAACGCAUGUCUGCUGGGUCCUCCGGUCAAACCAACGUGGGCGUGCGCACCACGAUUACGUGAAAGUGAACCCGGAUGAGCGCCAGCACUGCUUCGUGCCCUGUGAGAAGAGGACGGCCCCCCUCCCUGUUGAAGAGGCUGUUGCAGAUCAAAUCCAGUCAUCACAUCACAGCUGGACUUGGUCCUGAUUGGCUCCCCUUGAUAAAGAAAUAGUGAAACCCCCUGAAUCAGCAGGACUGUAGCCAUGGAUGUCGUCUCCUCGCUGGUCUGCCCUCUCCUCCUCUUCUUCAUCCUCCUGUCCUCCCUCUCCUCCUGCUCCUCCUCCAUGCUGUGUCCAAAGCGGUGCACCUGCCAGAACCUGCUGCCAUCCUACACAGUGCUGUGUGCCAAGACGGGCCUCCUCUUCGUCCCGCCCAACAUCGACCGCCAGACAGCCGAGCUCAGGCUGAUGGACAACUUCAUCACAACGCUGAGGCACCGCGACUUCGCCAACAUGUCCAGCCUGAUCCAUCUGACCCUGAGCAGAAACACCAUCAGUCAAAUCCGGCCGUACGCCUUCGCUGACCUUCAGGACCUCCAUGCUCUCCACUUGGAUGCCAACCGCCUCACCGUCCUGGACGACUCCCACUUCCAGGGCCUGGUGAACCUGCGGCACCUCAUCCUGGCCAACAACCAGCUGCACAGCAUAUCAGAGGGAGCCUUUCAGGAUUUCCUGGAGACUCUGGAGGACUUGGAUUUGAGCUACAACAACCUGGUGGACAUCCCCUGGGAGACCAUCGCCCUGCUGGUCAGCGUCAACACCCUCAGCCUCGAUCAUAACCUCAUAGAAAGCGUCCCCGAGGGAAUCUUCUCCAACCUGCACAAACUGGCCAGAUUGGACAUGACAUCCAACAAGCUAAAGAAGAUUCCUCCAGACCCACUGUUCCUGCGGAUUCCCGUGUAUGCCAAGAUGAAGGGUUCUCCUCUCACGGCGCUGGUGUUAAGUUUCGGUGGGAACCCUCUGCAUUGUAACUGUGAGCUGGUCUGGCUCCGCAGACUGACCAGAGAGGACGACCUGGAGACCUGUGCUUCGCCCAAAGACCUGGCUGGCAAAUACUUCUGGACCAUUAGAGAGGAGGAGUUUGUGUGCGAGCCCCCAAUGAUAACUCGCCAUACCUCCAAGAUGUUUGUGAUGGAGGGUCAGGAGGUCAGCCUGCGCUGUAAAUCCAUUGGAGAUCCUGAGCCCUCAACACAUUGGGUCAGUCCUGAUGGAAAGCUGAUUGGCAACACAUCCAGAACCAUCUGCUACGAGAACGGCUCGCUUGACAUCCUAAAGGCAUCCGUUAAGGAUUCUGGAAAGUUUACGUGCAUAGCAUCUAAUGCAGCUGGGGAGGCCACCGCUCCUGUUGAGUUAGUCGUCAACCCUUCGCCACACUUUGACCCCAAACUGGACCCCGACCCAGGGCCUUCAGACAUCCCCACAUCCAUCAAAUCCAAUGCCAGCGGAGGUCAGGCCCGGUACGACCAGCAGAGGGUCAGUGUGUCGGAUCUAACAUCCAGUUCUGCUACCAUUCGAUGGCCCCCACAGAACCACAUACCCGGAGUCCGCAUGUACCAGAUCCAGUACAACAGCUCCACAGACGAUAUCCUCAUAUACAGGAUGAUCCCAGCCAACCACAAAUACUUCCUACUGAGCGACCUGGCAUCAUCGCGGGACUACGAGCUGUGUGUUUUGGCCGUCUAUGACGACGGCAUCACCGCCCUUACAGGCACCAAGCUGGUGGGCUGCGUGUCCUUCAGCACGGAGACAGAGUACGGACGCUGUCACUCGAUACGAGAUCAGUUCCUGGGAGGUACCAUGAUCAUCAUCAUCGGGGGGAUCAUCGUGGCCUCUGUCCUAGUCUUCAUCUUCAUCCUUCUGAUGAAGUACAAGCUGCACAGUAACCACUACAAACAGAAAGCCGCCGCACGCCAUGCUAACGUCUGCUCCCAGACCAACGGAGGAGGGGGAGGGGGAGCCAACGUCCUCGCUGUGCCUCCGUCCUCCUCCUCUGCAGGGCAGGGUGGAGGUGUUAAUAAAAACUCCCAGCCAUCAUCAUCGGCGGAAGGGAUGGGAGGAGCUUCUCUUCGAGGGACGACUGUAGUGGACUUAAAUCCCACCCAUGACGAUGAUGCCAUCUCCCAAUAACACACAAGAAACUGUCAGUCACACCCACAACUCACCAAUCUCUGAGCCCAAACCAAUACUCCACCUCCCUCCCCCUUUUUUUAUUUCUUUUGUUGCUGGUGCCUGGAGCCAAACUCCACUUUACUCCGAGGAGCGGCUCCUGUUAUUGAUUUACUUACAUUCAGCUUCACGGCGCUGAAGGGAGAGGAGGAGGGAGAGGUGCCCCAGUGAAUUGCAUGGUCACAUUCUCCUAAUGAGCCCCGAUGAUCAAGUGUUUGACCCAGAGACACAGCCACCUCACGCCUGAGGCCACCUCACUCAAGAACCAGAUGGGAUGUGAUGUGAACAUCCUGUGGGCAGUCGGAGGAGAAUAAACAGCCUUCCUGUUGACAUGCAGGACGCUUGAAUCAGACAUGUUGGAUACAGGUUAGGCUCUGGAUGUUGAACUCUGCUCAUGUUCGGUGCUUAACUGGGGCUUGAAACCUUGGAUCAGAAGAACUGGAGUGAACAUGGUCUUGAAUCUCUUCUUCUUUUCUGAAGGAAAUAUCCAAUGAUCAGACGGGGCUCUAAAGGGUGUCAUGUGGAUUUAACCUCUGCAUUUGACAGUUAGAAUCCACCCUCAAUGCUGCUCUGGGAAUACACUGAACGGAUUACUGAAAAAACCCUUUUAUGACAUUUUUCCAGGAUCUCCUAGAUUGUGGUUCCUCUAGGAUUCGGUGGCACCGCUCCUCUCUUUCCCCAGCAUACAGUCAUAUGCCAAAGGAUUACUACAGUAUUAUGACAGCAUUACUACAAUAUCGGGAGAAUAUGCAGAUUUCCAAAAGCACACCGCUCUAUUAUCUCUUAGCAGUCAAAGAGAAAAUUCAUGUUGGGCCUUGGAUUGAAAAUACGAGCACAUUGUCAACGUCUUGUCUCAAAGCAUCAGUAAUAACAAACUGUCAAACUAAACGGUGAACUUCUCUGGCACUUUAAUCGUAUGUCUUCACCUUCCCUCUCUCUCUAUCUCUCUUUCUCUGUCUCUCUCACUCUCUCUCUUUCUCUCACUUUCAUGAACAACUGAAUAGUAUACUCUCCAGUAUUACCAAUCUAACUCUUCUGGCUGCGAAUGACUCAGAAAAUGUUGAAAUAAUCAGUGUGUUUGCGUUCAUGGUGGAUUGGUUCUCUCUAUGUCAGAGUAUUAAUAAAAAAUAAAAACCUUGGCGUCCCAAGAAUGGAGCCUUGAGGAACUCCUGUGAGGAUUUAUUCAAAGCCAAACUUCAAGCACAGACGUCCGGCUCUACGUUUGAUGGUGAAUUCUGAUGUUCCGUUUGACACUGGAAAGUAACUGUACCUGUAUGAAACACUGGUGAACUUGACCAUUGGUGUUCCUAUUACUAAAAGCUGGCACUUGAGAUAGUUAAAUGUAUUAAGCGGUUUUAAAAGAUGGCCAGCAGAACUUGCGCUGUCCCAUCCCCUCCCUUCCUCCCUUGCUCCCCCUUUGCCGUUUGACAGUGUCUGUGUUUGUAUGUGACAUACACCUUACAGUCUUCGAUGGUUUGAUACCCAUGAUUUACUUUGAAUAUAACGAAACAAAUGACCACAACAAGGAGAAAAAAAAAAACACAACAAGAUGCGAAAUGGGGAUUUUAUGCUUUCAUAGAUACA